UCUCUCUCCUAAACAUAUUUCAAUUUCAGGAAAAAAAAAAAACAAAAAAAUAAUAUCUUUAUAAGUAAUUGGGAGACCUGUUUAUCUUAUAUAUGGCGACAUAUAGAAUCUAAACGUACCUGAGCUGAUCCGUAGGAACCAUCAUUGAUGGCGUCGUCGUCGACCUUCUUCGUAAUCUGUCUUCUCCACUCCCUGAUCGCCAUCAGCAGCGGAGCACUAAUGAUGUUCUACAUGAAAGAAAUCUACAGCCUAGGGCACGGCUACGAGACGGCCAUCAAGCUUCUUGGCUCGACGCCACACGACCAGCUCCUGAUUCGGACCUCCGAUUCGUUCUCCGGGUUGCUGCUGAUAACGAUCGGGUUCCUACUCUUCAUGGUGUCGUUCGUGAGGGACAAGGAGUUCCAGAGCUUCUUCGCCAAAGGGUGUACGGUUCUCCAUGUGUUCAUGGCUCUCUGGAGAAUUUACUUCGAGCGUAGGGUGGAGGACCUCGCCUGGGAUUGGAUCAGGCAGACAGUUGGCGACGUUUUAUUGGCUCUCUCCUGGGUUUUCUUUCUUCUUUAUUCCUGGAGAGAAAAAUAUGAUUGAUUUUUUUUUUCUUUUUUUUUAAUUUUAAUGUGAGGAAGAAGAAUAUAGAGAAUUAUGUAUGACUUUUUAAUUUUAAUUAUUCUGAGUAUGUGGUACAUAAGGAGAAUUUCAAGUGUUGUCUAAUUUAUUCAACUCAUCUAUUGUAAAAAUUGCUUCUUUUUUCGUGAAUAAUGAAUUAUUUUUUUAUCAGGUUUA